AUGAAACCAUCAUCAGCCAAAUGUGUCUGUGUCAUUGGGGCAAUCACAAUAAUCAGUGUCGUUUGUGGUGCCGCUGCCAAUCUCGGUGCGCGGAAUCAGACUGGAACUCAUCCGGAUGAUCCGAUUGAUGGAGCGAGAAAUCGAGACAAACGAUCGUUGUUUUUCCCGUACAAUGCUGCUAUGGGCCUUCUGAUAGCCAUCGCAGUGCCGUUGAGUAUACCGGAUAGGAAUAUUUUUGUGUCGUACAAUUUCGAAGGAAACUACAACAGUCCACAGCAGUCGAAUAUAUUUACCGAGGGACUCUUCAACUUUAUUAGAGGUAUAGCACCUCCCCUUACAUCCCCGGUGAUCGCAAUCAACCGAGCCUUGCAGGGGAAUCCGGCGAUCGAAGAUGCCACUGGCGUUGCCAGCAGUCAGGAGCAGCCACUCGAAACAACAACACAAUCACAGGAGGCUAUGCAGCAAAGAGCGCAACGUGACCUGCUCAGUUCUUACCCUAGAAAAUUCUUCACCCGGAAGAAGAUUUACCAUGCGAUUGAGGAGCAGAUGAAGAAGAAUGGAUUCAACGGCAAAAAAUGUUUGUUGAGAGCGAUUUGCGAAGCUGCCGAAAUUCCGAUGCUGGAGAAUAACGGCGUUGUGGGCGAUUUGGUUCACAUAAUUCUUAGCCCAUCGUCGUCGCAGGACGAAAAUCUGCCUGCAGAAUUCUACAAGGCCGAAAAAUUGGGUAUUGAAGGAAACUGUCAAAAAUACUACAAAUACUGUAAAGAAAAUAUCCUUGAUACGUUCAGUUUCAUGAUGGAAUAA